AUGGGAAUAUGCACAGACACCUCAAAGUUAAAUCCGUAUUGUUUUGUAAUUGUCAAAGGACUCAAGGAUUUAUAUGAAGCAAAGUUGGUCGAUGUCCAACUUCAAGAACUUCUGUCUCGCAUGUGCGAAGAGAUACGAACUUCAAAUAUAAGUCAAGACAGUCGUGCUAUUGUGGUCGCAAUCUUCAGUUCUAUCAUAGGAGGGAACUUUGUAUUUGUUUAUGAAAUACUCAAAGCAAAUUCAGAAUUGUUGUUCAUCCGUGACCCUUGGCGGGAAAUUAGCAUAUUCCAUUAUGCUAUCCAGUAUCGUCAACAUCGAAUCUUUAACCUUAUAUACGGGGUAAAAGAGAAGAAUACCAUACUGCGUUAUCAAGAUGAGAAGGACGGCAAUAAAAUAUUACAUAUGGUAGGGGAGUUAACCAAAAUCACUCCUAUUGAUCACAUCACAGGUUCAGUUUUGCAAAUGCAAAGAGAACUACAAUGGUUUAAGGAGGUGGAAAGCAUUUGCCCUCCAAUGAUUAGGGAACAAAGAAACAAACACCGGUUAAGUCCAAGAGAAUUGUUUACGGAGUCCCACCGGGAAUUGAGGAAAGAGGGAGAACGAUGGAUGAAGGACACGACAACUUCUUGUACUGUAGUCAGCACUCUCAUUGUUACUACAAUGUUUGCAGCAGCCUUUACUAUUCCAGGUGGUAGCAACCAAAAUACAGGCUUGCCAAUUCUCGUGCAUGACAAACUAUUUAAGAUCUUUAUAGUAACUGAUUCGUUGUCGCUAUUUUCUUCCUCCACUUCAGUAUUGAUGUUUUUGGGAAUCCUCACAUCGCGUUAUGCAGAAGAAGACUUUCUUAAAUCCUUGCCUAAAAAGCUGAUUAUAGGCCUUUUUGCUCUCUUCUUCUCUAUUACAACCAUGAUGGUAGCCUUUUCUGCUGCACUUUUACUUACGUUACGUGGACAUUAUUGGACCAUCUCUCCUAUCAUUGGUUUGGCUAGUAUUCCUGUUAUUCUAUUUGUAUUGAUGCAAUCUCGCCUUCUUGUUGACAUGUUUGUUUCAACAUAUGGACCAAGCAUCUUUGAUAGGAAAAUGAAGCUUUAGUUUUAACUUUUUACCUUAUUGGUUUUAAUGUUGUAUUGAUAUAUGGAAAACUAAACAGAGUUGGCGA